CUCACUCUCACAUUCCUGUUUAGUCUUGGGCUACAAGAGUCUGGGCUAUAAGAAGGCACUACUGGCAGAUGCUGUGGUCUCUCUAAGUGAAUUGCAGUCACUGAGAGAAGGUGCCAUGACCUUUUUCUUCACAGCCGUGCUCUAUCUGGGGCUGAAUAUGGGCCAAGAGACCUUGGGGUUGGAAGGGAAUUCCCACAAGCCAUCCCUCAGUGUUCAACCAGGAUCCGUGGUUGCCAGAGGGAAGCAGGUGACCAUCUCAUGUGAGGUGACCACAGGGGCCCGGGAAUUCCGUCUUUAUAAAGAGGGGGGUCCACAUCCUUGGCGCACACAGAGCACUCCAAAGGUCACAAACAAAGCUCAGUUCUUGAUCCCAUCAACUGGACAACGAUAUGGAGGGAUAUAUCGCUGUUACUAUAAGACCCCCACUGGGUGGUCAGAUCACAGUGAUCCUCUAGAGCUUGCAGUGACAGGAUUCUAUAGUAAACCAAGCCUGUCCACCCAGUCCAGCACCGUGAUAAUCUCAGGGGAGACUGUGACCCUUCAGUGUGUCUCAGAGCUUGGAUUUAACAGGUUUGUUCUGACUAAGGAAGGAGAACAGAAGCCGUCCUUGAUCCGAGACUCAGAGUUUAUAAACUCUACUGGGCAAUUCCAGGGCCUGUUUCCUGUGGGCCCUGUGAACCCCAGCCAGAGGUGGAAAUUCAGAUGUUACGGCUAUCAUAUCAACAGCCCCCAGGUGUGGUCCGAACCCAGCGAUCUCUUGGAAAUACAUGUGUCAGGUGAGGAGGCUUCAUCAUUGACUCAAUCAGUGGUUGACAACAUAAAUUUACUGCCAAGAACUUUGCUUUUCCUAAGGAAGUUCCAGGAAAUAAGAGGAUGA